GUUCUUCUCUGAUUUCAUUUUCUUCUUGCAUUAUUCAGUCUAUAGAAGAUGGCACAAUUGCCGGAUGAGAUUCUAGAAAAAAUUCUUUGUCGAUUACCUGUUAAGUCUCUGCUCCGUUUCAGAUGUGUGUCUAAAUCCUGGCUUGCCCUAAUCAGUGACCCAUAUUUUGUCAAACUGCAUCUGAAACAAUCAGUACAAACCAAUACCAACAAUAGCCUCUUCCAAAAGAACUUCGAUCUCUUUCGGGUGGCUCUUGAUUCCCUCCAUGACGGCGAUGUUCUUCAACCGAUGAAGAUCGAUUCCAUUCCAUUAUCGAGGUUUCGGAAAUAUGGAAUUAGGUCUGGCUUUUCCUGUGAUGGCUUGCUUUGUAUAUCGAAUGUCAUAAAUGCUCAUGACAGUGCCUUUUUAUGGAGUCCAUCAACCCGAAAGUCUAUAAAAUUACCUUACGAACCGACUGAUAUCGCAAUUCAGUCAGGUUUACGUACCUCAUGUGUUUAUCGAAUUGGUUACGAUAACAUCAAUGACGAUUACAAGGUGGUGAGAAUUGUGGUGUACCUUGUUGUGAGUUUGGGCGUCAUCGAAUACGAUAUUAAAGUUUAUAGUUUGAGAUCAAAUUCGUGGCAUAGGCCAGAGAUGUUUCCUUAUUGUCCGAAUUGGAAUAGGUUUGGAAAUUCCAUUGUUUGUGGAUCUCUGCACUGGAUCUCAACUGUGAAAUCAAAUUUAAAAGAGGAAAAUUUGAUUGUUGCCUUUGAUAUUGGGACAGAAAAAUACAGAGUACUUCCACAGCCAGAAUACAACGGUCCUUAUUACAAAUUAUAUCUAGAUGAUUUAGGAGGAUGCCUUUCGUUAAGUUGUCAUUACGAAUCAUCGACUGUGGAUAUGUUUUUGCUCAAGGAAUAUGGCGGGAAGAAUGAACAUUGGUCGAGAUUGAUUACACUGCCACUGUCACUGUCACGGAUAACUUCUAUAGAGAAUUACUAUCCUUUGAAACCUAUUGUUUAUUCAAAAAGUGGUAAGAAAGUGUUGUUGGGCAUGGGUUCUAGGGGGCAUGUAUUGUAUAAUUUAGAAGAGAAGUCAGUUGAAAACAUUAGGGUUCUUAAUGUGGCAAGUUUAAUUCACCUAUACACUUGUCUUGAAAGUAUCGUCUCUAUCAAUGUUCCAGCAGCAGCAGAUACAGAGAGAAGUGGUGUAAAAUGGGUGUCUGAUAUUCAAAUAUUUGGUUGCAAUUGGUGA